AUGUCCAAUGCGCAGCAGACAAAAUCCAGAUGGGGUGUCGGGGCCUUGCUGCAGCAGGCGGUCUCCGGGGUAGAAUCUCGACUGGAUACAAUCCUGGCAAAUGAUGACGAGCCACCGAAAACGUCUGGACAGAAACUUGAUGAUGCAGCUACGAAGUCUACUUUAACCGCCGCAAAACUGACCGGAGUUACUCGGACCGCCUCUACAGCUCGCAAGAAUGAUCGCCUGCAAGAACGUCUUGCGAGAGCUGUAGCUAAAUCGCAGAGCCCGGCAAUGUCUGGUAGCCCCCGAUCGUCUAUUGAUGUGCCCUCUCGUUCGUCGACACCGUUACAAAGUACAGAAACCCGCGCCAGUCUAGACAGCACAAGAACGAGUUUAGAUCAAAGUGUAUCCGGAGUUCGCGACAGUGAAGCAAUCACCGUUACUGUGACCAGAGGCAGUCUUGACUCGGGCAGUCAGCCGCGAACUUCCAAGGAUUUGUCGGUGGUUGAACAUAUCUCAGCUGAAAGCAAUCAAGAAUCCGGAAGCGAAAUGCCAGAAAUUGUCGAGUCGCAAGUAGCAGAUGUGGCAACCAAAGAAGACGCUUUCGAUCCUUCGAAUAUCGAUGUCCAACCUGAUUCUACAAAUCCGCCUUCUCCGCCGACACCUGAUCAAUUUGAGGAGCUAAGGGCUGAACACCAAGCUGCGGAAUCUAGAUGGCAAGAAGAUAUGCACGAAUACAUCGAAAGAAUAGAUGCUUUGCAGUCUAAAUUAAAGUACUUGGCUAAAGAAGCCGCGGAGUCUGCACGCGACGCAGCGUCGGCGGCAAAACCCGGCAGCAUCGAAAAGCAACUUUCAGAAAAGGAUGAGCGCAUAGCAUUGCUACUUGAAGAGGGGCAGAAACUGUCAAAAACAGAGUUAGACAACCGAACGGUCAUCAAGAAAUUGCGGCAGCAGUUGGCGGAAAGCAAUAAACAAGAAACCGACUUGAAGCGACGCACAGCUAAGCUAGAACGAGACGUUAGUGAUGCAGAAGCACGAGCAAAACGAGCAGAGGCAUCCGAGAAGAAAGCACAGGAAAGCCUCAACUCGCAAUCAAGAGCCUCCAAGGACCUCGAGUCUAUCACGGCUGAACGGAAUGCAUUAACAUCGACAGUGGAAGAACUGAAAAGCCAACUGGCUAGAGCAGUCACUCGCGCUGAAGCAGCAGAAUCAAGAGCCCAGGCCGAAGUUGUGGAACACUCGAAACGUCGAAUCACCGAACUAGAAGAUGAUCUGUCAAGCGCAAAGAUAGAACGAGAACUCAGCGAGGAGAAACUGCGAAGAGAGAUCCGAAGUCUGCAGGAUAAUCUUGGGCGAGAGAAGGAGAAUGCUCAUUUAUUAGAGGCUGAACUCAAGAGCGAACAAUCAGUGUUGGAAAGCAAGAUGGAGAGUCUGCGUUCAAGGGCGGAGGAGGUGUCCUCAAGUACGGCUGGAGAGACACAGGCUAAAUUACUUCGUCAAAUCGAGACAUUGCAGACUCAGUAUGCUGUUGCCAGUGAAAAUUGGCAAGGUAUUGAGAGCUCUCUAAUAUCAAGGUUGAACGGAAUGGAAAAAGAGCGUGAUGAAAUUGCCCGCAAAGAGGCAGAUUUACGACGAAAAACUCGGGAAGUGAAUAUCAGAGCCAAAAAGGCAGAAGAUGAGCUUGAAACUGCAAAUGAGACGAUCGCGGACCUAGACCGCUCGCUUCAAGAGACCAAGCAGCAAUUGCAGAAACUUCAGCAACGGGUGGAAAAGUCAGAAGAAGAGCUCAACGCCGUUCGAAAGGAAUUAGCAGACAAGGAAAAGUCUGUAGAAUCAUUCUGGGCUCAGAAGCUUGAAGAAGAAAGGGCAAGAUGGAGAGAACAAGUCGCGUCGCCGCCACCCUUCCUUCAAGAGCCACGAACAGUGUCACCUGUGGCUUCGAGCCGUAGAUCCACUGGCCUUGAUCCUCUUUCCAUUGAUAGCCGUCCACUAAGCCGCCGUUCAUCCACUCUGCCAUCUCAAGUAGAUAUAGGGGCUCCUUCACGCACGAACUCAUUCCCAUCGUUUCAGGGUAUGGGCUCACCCCAUGCAUCGAAUGGUCUUCCCAACCCCCACUUGUUGGGCGCACCACCUAUCCACACAUUGGAGCCAGAGGAAUAUUAUAGCGGGACACCCGCCACGCCAUCUGCUUAUGGGGCGCAGACAAGCCACUCCCGCGGAAAUGGCAUCAACGAGAUCAUCUCGGUCUCCACUGUUGGAGCUGGCCCGUCUGUGCAGCUUGUUGAACGUAUGAGCGCAACUGUCCGACGGCUUGAAAGUGAACGGGCUGCAACAAAGGAUGAGCUCGAGCGUAUCACAGCACAGCGAGACGAAGCUAGAAAGGAAGUUGUCGAACUCAUGCGAGAAUCCGAAGAUAAGCGUAAAGCCGAAUCGCGCAUCGAAGAAUUGGAAUCGCAGGUUGCAGAACUAGAUCAGCGCUAUCAAACCACACUAGAGCUUCUUGGGGAGAAGAGCGAGCAAGUUGAUGAGCUGCAAGCCGAUAUUGCGGAUCUCAAGAAGAUAUAUCGAGAGCUGGUUGAUAGUACCAUGAAAUGA